UAGGACUCAGUUCGGAAGCCGGCUGCCAGACUUCAAGAUGGCGUCGGCCGCUUCGGCCAGGGGUCAAGAUGGCGGCGCGGGGCCACGCCUGCGCUCCGGGCUCUCCUGCCCCCACCAGCCUUCCUCCAGCCUGGGAGCCGUCUCACCGAGCGCCAUGCAGCUCCUCUGCUGGUGGCAGGUACUGCUGUGUGUGCUGGGGCUCCCGGCCCGCGGCCUGGUGGUUGCAGAGGAAAGCAGUCAUGUGUGGGCCAAGGGGCAGCCUCCCCAGGCUCUCCAGGUGGGAGCUGUGUACCUGCGUGAAGAGGAUCCUGCCCCUGACCAGCAGGGCCAGGCCCAGGUGGUCCAGGAAGCUGAUGCCUCACUGGGGCUGGGCCCUCUUGGUGAUCCCAUGGUGGUGUUGUCGGUGAUUCCCGGGGAAACCGAGGACAAACGGAACUCUGAGGCCCGUGGAGGUACCUGUGGCGUGCGGGGAAGGGAGGACCAAAAGUACAGUGCCCGGGAGAAUCUCUUCUCGCUGGACAGAGAAGAGGUGUACUACACGGAGCCGGGAGUGGCUGAGACCGAGCCUGCUGCCCGCGAGGAGGCCAACAGCACGGAGAGCCCCAAGUCCCCCAAGGUGAAUUGCGAGGAGAGGAAUGUGACAGGACUAGAAAAUUUCACGCUCAAAAUUUUAAAUAUGUCCCAGGACCUCAUGGAUUUUCUAAACCCAAACGGUAGCGACUGUACCCUGGUCCUCUUCUAUACGCCAUGGUGCCGAUUUUCUGCCAGUUUGGCCCCUCAUUUUAAUUCUCUGCCACGGGCGUUUCCAGCUCUUCGCUUCUUGGCACUGGAUGCGUCGCAGCACAGCAGUCUUUCCACCAGAUUUGGCACCGUAGCUGUCCCUAACAUUUUGUUAUUUCAAGGAGCUAAACCAAUGGCUAGAUUUAAUCAUACAGAUCGAACACUGGAAACAUUGAAAAUCUUCAUUUUUAAUCAGACAGGUAUAGAAGCCAAGAAAAACGUGGUGGUGACUCCAGCUGACCAAAUAGGUCCUCUUCCAAGCACCCUGGUCAAGACUGUGGACUGGCUGCUUGUAUUCUCCUUAUUCUUUUUAAUUAGUUUCAUUAUGUAUGCUACCAUCCGGACUGAGAGCAUUCGGUGGCUGAUUCCGGGGCAAGAGCAGGAGCACGCAGAGUAAGAGCUGAAGAGGUGGGAAAGAUUUCAGGCCCUCAUCUCAGAAGUUAGCAUUUUAAAUCUCAUGCAUUUUCUCCACUGAAGGAUGGACUACUGAGAUGGAGCUUCAAUCAGAGGAAAAGAAUCAUAUAUUUGUUGAAUUAGUGAAUGGACAACACACGCAGUGAUGUUUUUAACUAAUGUGAUAAUAAACAGAUUAAAAAAAACUGUUCAUUGGAAGCCAGGUGUGGUGGCACAUGCCUUUAAUUCCAGCACUCAGGAGGCAGAGUAGGAUGGUCACUGUGAGUUUGAGGCCAACCUGAAACUGCAGUGAG